UUCUGACGUCAGCUCUGGGGAGUGGAGAUUGUAAACGCACACACGGCUUUAGUUGGAGAAAGAGCCCCUUCUCAACUUUCCGUAAAGGAAACGAUUUCAAAAGUUUUUUUUCUUCCGUUAUCUCUGCUUGCGUUUGGACAAUGCGCGACCCACACAUGUCCGUGUGUUGACAGCGCUGGACACUCUGUGUGUGUGGUGUAUACUACAGUUGCGUCUUUCCCCGACUCACCUAGAGUGUAGGCCAGGUAGACUACGGGAGCGAAACCGGAAGAACAAGCACAUCUGAUUGUUCACACUAUUUUUCUCUUACCUCUGCAACUAAACUUCUCCCAAUAACGUUUAUGCAGUUUUGAUAAUUCUUCUUCUGAGAGAGUAGAAGUGUGAAGAUGACGGAACUACCAGUUCACAAGAAAAAUAGGCUGAUUCUAGUUGAUGUUUUCUGUGUGGUUAUCGCGGCCCUUCCGUCAGCGGUCUUGACGUUAAUGUUCAGGCCGUACCAGAGGGGUAUCUACUGUGAUGACGAGAGCAUCAGAUAUCCUUACAGAAGAGACACCAUCUCCCACAGGGCAAUGGCUGCAGUCACCAUCACCUCCUCCAUAGUCAUAAUAACUACAGGAGAAGCGUACCUGGUGUACUCCAAGCGUCUCCACUCCAACUCUAACUUUAACCAGUACAUGUCAGCUCUCUACAAGGUGGUGGGGACCUUCCUGUUUGGAGCAGCUGUGAGCCAAUCACUGACUGACCUGGCCAAGUUCACCAUCGGCAGGCCACGCCCUAACUUCCUGUCUGUGUGUAAUCCCACUGUGUGUUCUGGGUACAUGCUGCAACUCAACUGUACUGGCAACCCUCGAAACGUCACAGAGUCCAGAUUGUCGUUUUACUCCGGACACUCUGCCUUCGGGAUGUACAGCAUGCUGUUUCUAGCAUUGUAUGUGCAAGCACGUAUGCAGGGGAAGUGGACUCGUCUGGUCAGACCCACAGUGCAGUUUUUCCUCGUGUUGUUUGCGUUGUACGUUGGAUACACACGGGUUAGCGACUACAAACACCACUGGAGCGACGUACUGGUGGGACUGCUGCAGGGAACUCUCAUCGCUGUGCUCAACGUUUGCUACGUCUCUGAUUUUUUUAAGCUCCGCCACCCUCCUCGCUGCCCACGAUCAGAGACGGCUGAAGACGAACACCUAGAGGCCAAACCUGGUCUGAACCCAGACACACAACUACACAACAACCACUACAACUACACAACUACUACAGCGUGAACAUAGACUAACAACUACACUACCACUGCAACUACACAACAACCUCUACACAACAAUCACGGCAACCGUGGGGAAGUGGCGUAGACAGGAAUUUGUUGGUGGGUGGGCAAUUUUUUUUUUAAUUAAAAUGUUUUGUUGUUGGGGAAAGGAGAUAACUUCCUGCAAUGUUGCCAUGUGGCCAAGAGAGAAAUGUACAGUUUUAUAGCUGUCUAUGAAUUCUAUCUGAUGAUGUUUGUAUGUUUAGGUAAAAAGACGACAAAUAAUUAGAGCCCGACCCAUAUUGGAUUUUUGGGUCCGAUACUGAUUUUGAGGGAGGAAAAAGUCACAGAUUACUGAUAUAUCUGCCGAUAUAUUGUUUUUUUUAGAGGUUGAAUGAAAAACAGACCAAAUUGUGCUUCAAAGGAUCAACAGAUACUCUAAAUGAUGAUUUCUUAACUAAAUAUUAUAGUUAACAUUAUUUAAGAACAUUUUAUUUGUGGUUUACACAUUAUAUUCUCUAUAAAUACAACAGUGAAUACAAAAGCUUGUUUAGUUGACCUUAGGUGCAACUUAAAAAUGUCUAUGGCAGUGGAAAAGAGGUAUGAAAAACUAUUUGUGCUAAACCACUAUAAGGGUGGUCAUGUAAACAAACACUUUAUGGUCAACCUUACAAUGAGGGUACGUUAUGACAAGCACAAGCUAGCUGUUCAUUACGACAAUGUUUUCUUACAGAAACCAUAUUUACAUAACAUUGUUAUUCAAUACAAAAUAUAUUGGCUAUACAUUUCAACUGCAAAUGGCAUGCGCUGAUGACUGAAAAUGUUUAUGCAUGCAAAUUCUUGCCUCACUGGUUUUUGUCACACAUUCUAAUUUCGCGAGCUAGCUAACAUUAGCUACUUAUCUCAUAAUGAAUGCAAGCACAUGGCCUGAAUGAUAGACCUGCGCCAACUGUUGUUUUUUGCAGAUUGCAUAUUUCAGAAAACUAACUAAAUUAGCCCACUAGCUAACAUAAUAGGCCCUGACAGUAUCGGUCUUCUUUUUGUAUCAAGGACGAGUGUUCACUUUGGCGUCAGUCCAGUGUUGGCACAUACGUAGCACAGAUUGCUAGCUAUCUAGCUAAGUUUACUACCUUGCUGGCUAGAUAGCUAAGCUAACUACCUUGCUGGCUGGCUAGCUAGCCAGCUAACGUUAACAAAGUGAGAAUGUGAUGAGGACAGGGCUGCUUGCUCGGUGAAGUGUACUUUUGAUUAUUUACUCAUGCUGGCUGUGGCAAGCUACUCACCAUCAAACCACCAUGUCUACUUUCUCUCACAUUGUGGACUAGGGCUGAAUGAUGUUCAAUGAGCAGCUGGUAGAGUGCCCUCUUUAGGCAACCAUUGAAAAUGGAGCAGACACAUUUGUUUAUUCUAUGUAUAUAAUAUGGGCACUUUAUCUGUGGAAUAAAGGCAGAUAAAAAUAUUUCUGUGAAAGGCUAAUAUCGGCCGAUAAUAUCGGUCAACCAAUUUAUCGGUCGGGCUCUACAAAUAAUGUCCCAUUUGGAACAAUGACAAGGAAAGAGCAGUACAUUUUUUUAUAUCUAGAAAGAAAAUAGGUUUUUGCUCCUAGUGAGUGGGGGGGCUGGGCCCACCCAUGCCUACGCCCCUGCCGUGGGGCUGUCUGUGUGAAAGAAGUGUGUAUAUCAGUGUAGGCUCAUUGUAUUGGCUGGACUGGAAUAAAUGAAACGUAUCAAACACCUCAAGCAUAUGGAAACCACAUGUUUGACUCUGUUUAUUCCAGUCCAGCAUUACAAUGACCCUGUCCUCCGAUAGCUUCUCCCACCAGCCGCCACUGGUGUAUAUGAGAAGAUGUGUAUAACCACUCACAUGCAUUUAACUUUGUAUUUUAAUAAAAUGUACUAAAAGUAUGGAGGAUGAGACAGUUUUAGCAGAGAGAAAGAAUUAUUGUGUAGUUCCCCAGAUUUCAAUUAUGCUAACAGGAAACACUGAAACAACUUUUUUUUUAAAAUUGUUUUUUAUGAUUCAUUUAUAUUUCCUGUGCAGCAGCAUCAACCAGGUUGUCUUCUUGGGAUUUGUAGUUUCUUUGAGUGUCCUGUGGUUCUUUUUUAACCCACCCUCUAGUCUAGUUUGAAUUUGUAAAUUUGUUUUUUUGUGUGUGUUUGUAAUGCUUUGAUUCCUUUGUUACCUACACUGGAGCUAACCCUCUCACACUUCUUCCAUCAAGACAGCGGUCUCCAAGCCUCGUGCUGGGGAUCUACUAGGCUGCGGGCUUUUGUUCCCGCCCACCACUAACCUACCUGAUUUAACUAGUCGUUAAGACCUUGAUUAGCUGAAUCGGGUGGGUUAGUGUGCUCAUCCUGUAGUUCUCAAGGAGGGGGGGAAGACCAAUGGUCUGUGGAGUUCAAUGUUAGGCCUACUGAUACCUAGCAUUUCUGUAGAAGACAUGCAUGUACAGUAUAUGGAAUGUAAAACACAGUGUUGCAUAGAUAAUUACUUUCUAACUGUUUAUUUCUGUCGUAUCUCUAAGAAUGUAAUACCACUACUAGCCCACUGAUGUUUUUUUAAUGUUAUUGACGCAACUUGUAUUAGUUACUCCAGUUUAUUAUAUAUAAAGCUGUGUAUAACCUGCCUUCUCGCAUGGCAACACAGGUCCUGUGAAAUCAUGAUGCCAUGUGCUGCCUUUGAAAUGUUGAUGUUGACAAUCGUCAGUGUGUCAAUGAUUGAGUCACUCAUUGAGAUGUUCUCUGAAAAACACAUUACACUUCUGCAAAGGGUUAAUAUAUACACUAUAUGACCAAAAGUAUGUGGACACAUGCUCGUCCAACAUCUCAUUCCAAAAUCAUGGGCAUUAAUAUGGAGUUGGUCCCCGCUUUGCUGCUAUAACAGCCUCCAAUCUAUUGGGAAGGCUUUCCACUAGAUGUUGGAACAUUGCUAUGAGGACUUGCUUCCAUUCAGCCACCAGCAUUAGUCAGGUUGGGCACUGAUGUUAGGCGAUUAUGCCUGGUUCGCAGUCGGUGUUCCAAUUAAUCCCAAAGAUGUACGAUGGGGUUGAGGUCAGGGCUCUGUGCAGGCCAGUCAAUUUCUUCCACAACGAUCUCGACAAACCAUUUCUGUAUGGGCCUCGCUUUGUGCAUGGGGGCAUUGUCAUGCUGAAACAGGAAAGGGCCUUCCCCAAACUGUUGCCACAAUGUUGGAAACACAGAAUCGUCUAGAAUAUCAUUGAUUUCCUUUCACUGGAACGAAAAAAACAGCCCCAGACAAUUAUUUCUCCUUCACCAACCUUUACAGUUGGCACUAUGCAUUGGGGCAUGUAGCAUUCUCCUGGCAUCUGUCAAACCCAGAUUCAUCCGCCGGACUGUCCGAUGGUGAAGCGUGAUUUGUCACUCCAGAGAACGCAUUUCCACUGAUCCAGAAUCCAAUUGCGAGCUUUACACCACUCCAGCUGACGCUUGGCAUUGCACAUGGUGAUCUUACACGGAACCCAAACCGGCUUCGCGCGUGCAUCAUCAUGCAUACAUUUAUUUUGUCCUCCCACACCAAACGCGAUCACGACACGCAGGUUAAAAUAUCAAAACAAACUCUGAACCAAUGAUAUAAAUUUGGGGACAGGUCGAAAAGCAUUAAACAUUUAUGGCUCGUUAGCGUGCAUGUGCUAGCUAAUUUGCCCUAUUUAGCUAGCUUGCUGUUGCUAAUUUGUCCUGGGAUAUAAACAUUGAGUUGUUUUACCUGAAAUGCACAAGGUCCUCCAAUCCACCAAUUAAUCCACACAUAAACGGUCAACCAAAUCGUUACUAGUCUCUUCCAGUCAGCCUGUUAGUCUGCUUAGCCAUAGAAACUCAUUUCAUGAAGCUCCAGACAAACAGUUUUUGUGCUGACGUUGUUUCCAGAGGCAGUUUGGAACGCGGUAGUGAAUGUUGCAACCGAAGACAAGCGGUCUCGUUCUGUGAGCUUGUGGCCUACCACUUUGUAGCUGAGCCAUUGUUACUCUUAGACGUUGACACUCGCACUUACAGUUGACCGGGGCAUCUCUACCAGGGCAGAAAUUUGACAAACUGACUUGUUGAAACGGUGUCAUCCUAUGACGGUGCCACGUUGAAAGUCACUGAGCUUUUCACUACAGGUCAUUGUUUGUCUAUGGAGAUCGCAUGGCUGGGUGUUCAAUUUAUACAUCUGUCAGCAACGAGUGUGGCUGAAAUAGCCGAAUCCACUAAUUUGAAGGGGUGUCAACCUACUUUUGGCCAUGUAGUGUAUUUUAUUGUGUUUGUAUCCACACUGUAAUCCUUCAUAAGCUUGUCUGUAACAAACUGUAGCUGCAAUCAAAUGUGUGUAUUUCUUCUUGAUGGAAAAGGGAACUUGAUUUUACAGAAGUGUCUUUCCUUUAUAAUCUGACAACUCCUGCUGAGACGAAAGUGCAUGCAGAACCACAGAGUUACUGCUGUGGAGGGAUGGGUAGAGAGGGAUGAUUGGAAGAGUGGAGGGAUGGAUGAAUGGAUAGGACGCCUUCAACUUCAUGGAUUCAUCCAAGUCAUUCACUAGGACUUUCCCAAUGUUUGUUGGGGUGAUGGCACACCAGACCCAGUGAUGAAGUCAUUGCACAUGUUGUCAUAGCUUUAUUUCAAGUUGUUUUAUUUUAUUUCUCUGUAUUACUUUUUUGUAGUUUAUGCAUAAAGACGAACUAAUAUGC